AUGCCGCCUCCUAUCUCUGGCCCUCAUCAACGAGGCCAAAAAUUCUACCAAAAGGGUGACUUCAAGGCUGCCAUCGAGGCCUUCGGCGAGGCGUUGAAUGUGAAAGAUGCUGAUGCAAUCGGCAUUCUCGAUAAUCGUGCUGCUACGUACUGUAAGCUUGAACAAUACGAUCAGGCGCGCCGUGAUGCGAAACAUAUGAUUAAAAAGGGCAAGGAGGAUGAGCGAGGCUAUCUGCGCUGUGCCAAGGUCCUGAUUUUGGAGGGAAGACCCGAAAAGGCCUUGGAAAUCUACGCAUAUGGCUUGAAGGUUCUCCCGAGCAAACAUCCACGUCGAGAGAUGAUGGAGCUGUUACACAAGAAGCUUCAAGAUCGCAUGAUGCUCAACCGGAAUGAUCCUUUCACCAUGCUUCCUCUUGAGCUCGCGGCUAUAGUGAUCCAGCACUUCUCAUUCAAAAAUAUUGUGGCAAUUCUGCGUGUCUGCAAAGACUGGGAGCGCUUCUUUGGCUCCAUGACCCACCUAUGGAUGGAGAUCGAUCUGUCUGGAGCACGGGGGAAAGUGCCAUGGACAGCAGUCCGAUCAUACAUUCGUCGUUCAAAGGCCAUGCUCACUCGUGCCGUCAUCAAGAACCUAGCCACACCAUCUACGCCCAAGACUAUGGAAUUCUUAAGCAGAUGUCCGCGCAUUGAACAUCUCGAAUUAUGGGUUGAUUAUGAUUUCAAGGAAUUCUUCCAAAAAUUCAAAGGCCACAAACAGCUAAAGAGCCUCACUCUGUCGCCUGACAUAUCGGUGACCCACGAUAAUUUCGGCAGACUCCUGAUCGAACUCCCACACCUCGAGCACAUUGCCCUGUGGAACGUUAGACCUUCGACAUUAGCGUUUAUUGAAGGUGGGCACUGGCCCAAGACUCUACCCAACCUCAAGAGUAUCACAUUGGCCACUCAGCAGAUUCCAACCCCACCCUUAGCCGUGCCCGGCGUGCUUUUACCUAAUCUUCUUGUGGACAUCGAGCCUCGCGUCUACCCGAAUCUGGAAGAGCUCCGACUUGACUGGGACCCACCACGCUACCAGCAAAUCUUUACACAGCACUACGAGGGGUUCUAUCCGCCGCUCCGCCGUCUCGAUCUUAGUGGACUAUGUAUCGAGCGGGACACGUUUGUCCACCUCCCCACCAGCCUGGAGUAUCUCCGCAUCGUAGGAGGGAAAUCCACGCCCAUGGUUUUGGAUGCACUGGAAAGCAACUUACCAAACUUGAACACCGUUAUCUUCCUCGAUGCGGGGUUUGUGACGGGAGAGAUUCUCGCUACAUUCCUCAUCGGUACACAAGCACCGAUCCAGACCGUGCUCAUUGACGAGUGUUUUAAUGUAUCCGCCGCCGAUCUGAAAGCCAUCCUGGCUAUGAAGCAUCAUAAUCCCAACUUCAAGCUCUCUGAACUGAGUCUCUCUCAUACGCGCGAUGUGAAUGACGCUUUUGUGCGAUUCAUUUUUGAAAUGGCCCCUGAUGUGAAAGUCCUCAACCUCUCUCAUACGCGCAUCACUGGUGUCACGAUCCGGAUGUGUGCCGAUGCUAGAACUACCACCGAUGGAGUCAAGCUCGAUCGGCUGUUUGUCCGAGGCUGUGAAGAUGUAUCUUCCGAUGCUGUGGCUUACGGACGCGAGAGGGGAUUAGAGGUGAUAGCAUAG